AAAGACAAAGGUUAGCAUGCCAAGACUUUGCAGUUAAAAGAGGCUGGAAAGUAUUGAAAAAAAGAUAUGAUGAUUCUUGUGAUGAAAGCGUGUCAGCAUUAGCAAGACCAGGAAUGAAGGAGUUGUUUAAAGAUAUAGAAGCUUGUGAAGUAAACUAUGUACUUUUUUACACACUCGAUUGCCUGACAAGAUCAGCUGAGGAGUUGGCAGAGAUACUGUGCUUAUUUGAAGAGCGUGAUAUUUUUUUUAACGAUAUCAAACCGGUGGAGUUUUCAGUUGAAAAUGGGAAAUGGUGCGGUUAUGCAACGACAAUAGCAAGUUUUAUGAAUGCAGAGCAAGAGAAAAAACAUGUUAAAAACAAAAAGGGGGAGCAAUGAAAAAAUCUGUAGAACAAGAAAUAUUAUCAUUAGCAAGUAAAACAUUAUUGGAGCUAAGAGAGAUAUGGAAAAGUUUAUUCAACACAAAUCCACCACCACAUGCAAAAAAGGUAUUAAUACCUCAGAUAGCAUAUAAAUUGCAAGAAGUAGCAUAUGGAAGCUUAUCAGAGAAAUCAGUAAGAGACCUGGAUAAUAUGGCAGAUCAAAUGAGAAAGGGUAAAAAAGUUAGUAGAGGUAAUCGUCCUAUCGUCGGAACAAGAAUUGUCAAGGAGUAUCAUGGUGAGGAACAUGAAGUAAUAGUGGGUGAGCAAGAUUUUAUCUAUAGAGGACAAAGUUAUAAAUCACUAUCAGCAAUAGCUGACAAAAUAACAGGAACAAAUUGGAAUGGCUUAGCGUUUUUUGGACUAAAAAGAGGAGAUAGUAAUGGCAAAGUGCGCAAUAUACACUAGAAAAUCGUGUGAAGAUGGACUUGAGCAAGAAUUUAAUAGCUUAGAUGCACAGCGUUUUGCCGGAGAAAGUUAUGUUAAAAGCCAGCAACUUAAAGGAUGGGAAAUAGUAGAUAAAAGGUAUGAAGAUGGAGGCUAUUCAGGUGGUAAUAUAGAAAGACCAGGAUUGAAAGAAUUGUUUAGAGACAUAGAAACUAGAAGGGUAGAUUUAGUAGUGGUAUAUAAGGUAGAUCGGUUAUCCAGAUCAUUAUUUGAUUUUGCAGGAAUAGUAAAAUUCUUUGAUGAAUACAAUGUAACAUUUGUAUCUGUAACGGAACCACUUAAUACUGAAAACUCUUUGGGCAGAUUAAUGCUGAAUGUAAUACUAAGCUUUGCUCAAUUCGAAAGAGAAAUAGCAGGAGAUAGAAUAAGAGAUAAGAUUGACACAUCAAAAAAGAAAGGGCUAUGGAUGGGAGGAGCAAUUCCUCUUGGCUAUGACAUAAAAGAUAAGAAGUUAGUGAUAAAGGAAGAAGAAGCAAAGACAGUAGAAUAUAUUUUCGAAAGUUUCAUAGAGUUAAAAUCUAUAAUUGCUGUGACUAAAAAGCUAAAUACGAAAGGUUAUAGAACAAAAGAAGGAGAAGAAUUUAAAAGAGCAACAGUGAAAAGAAUUCUAACUAAUGCAACAUAUAUAGGGAAAGUAAGGCAUAAGGGCACAUUAUACGAAGGACAACACGAAGGGAUAAUAGAUGAGAAAUUGUGGAACAAAGUAAAAGAAAAGAUAAAAACCAGAGAAUACAUAAAAGCAAAAAGAGAACCUGCCUUGCUGAAAGGAUUAAUACGUUGCUAUGAAUGUGAUACAUCAAUGAAGCCAACUCAUGCGAAAAAGAAAAAUAGAGAAUAUAGAUACUACGUAUGCGGUAAUCAUAUAAGAGGUAAAGGUUGCACAGCAAAAGAUCAGACAAUAGCGGCUGGGGAAAUAGAACAAGUAAUAAUGGAACAAGUGACUGCAAUAAUGGGUAACAAUGAAUUGAUUGAAAGGAUUAUGAAAAAAGGAAGAAAAAUAGCUAUAGAAACUUUGAGAAAAAUUAAUAGUAGCUGGAAAAAUAUCUUUCCAAUAGAGCAGCAAAACAUAAUGAAGCAAGUGAUAAAAACUAUUUGGCUAAAGGAAAAUGGAAUAAAAAUAGAUAUAAGUGGGAAUGGGCUAAAAAGUUUGGUAGAUAAGUACAAAGAAACAAAUGCAAUAAUAGAAGCAAGCGAAGAAAAUAUCUCAACCUUUGUUGAACUAAAAUUGAGGAAAAAAAGUGGAAGGAGUAUGAUCUUCGAGGGUGAAGUAAAGACAAGAAAAAAUGAUAAAUUACUAAAUGCAUUAGUGAAGGCACACCUGUGGAAGAGUCAAAUAGAGGAUGGAGAAUAUGCGAACGCAAGAGAAUUGGGUCGAGCAUAUAAUGUUUCGUGCCCCAAGUACAUCAGUAGAAUUUUACGUUUAAAUUUUCUUGCCCCAAAAAUAAAAGAGGCAAUAUUAGAAGGAACACUACCAGGCCACAUUAGGUUAAAUGAUUUUAUGGGGAAGGAAUUUGAUUUGCUAUGGAAAAAGCAGAUAGAACAGUUUUUAAUUUGA